AUGACGUGUUACAAUCGUGACUGGUACGACACGCAUGGCAAUUAUGACGUGCAUGACAACUACGGCGCUAGAGAGCUGAGACACACACUAACUCCACGCCCGUCACAGCGUCAGCCUAUCAGCUUCAAGUCGUGUCCUCGGGUUCGUAGCGCCGACCUCUGCAAGCCGCUAGACUACGUUUCCCGGGAGGCGUCGGGGCUUCGCCGCACUACUUCCGGCAAUGCCCCCGCCUUGGGAUUGAGCCGAGGUGCCCUUUGCCACCCAGGUCCUGCUGCUGAAGCUGUCACCAGUGGUGAUGUGAGGACGCGGGCUCAGCUGUCCGUCAGCCUGGCUGGGUCGCAGAGACAGGAUUUCACCCUGCUGUGGCCUCAAGGCUCUGCUGCAAGUGCGUGGGCUGUGACGUCACAGCCCACGUCACGGCCCGCCAACGUCACAGUCCGUCACGUCACGGCCCGCCCGCGUCACAGGGAGACUGAGAAGCCAGGCCUGGCUGCGCCCAAAGCCCCCGCGCUGGAGACAGGAGGCUGUGUUGUGGGCACACUCGCUCUUCUGAGCCUCUGCUGCCGCCUGCAGCACGUGAGGCAGUGUGGAGGUAAAGAGCAGGGUCGGGCCCUGGCCACCUCAUCCCUGACACCCCUGCUAUUCUCUCUUCCUGCCUUUGCCAAUGCUGUGCCCUCUGCCCAGAGCACCGUACCCUCCUUGCUGUUCCAGGCUCUGCUACCCCUUCAUACCCCAGCUCUGGGCAAACUAGCGUGCGCGGCGCCCCCGGCCCUGUCCCCAUCGCCUCUGCGGCAGGGCGUCCACAUUUCUCCGGUUUCGAUGACAUCAUCCAGGCACUUGUCGGCGUCCCCAGGGCCACCGAGCGGGAGCGGCGGGUACAGACGGCCGCUCGGGCUCCGGGUGUGGCCUGCGGGGCGGGGCGGGGCGGCGCGUGCGCAGCAGGCGCGGCGGGAAGUUGGAAGCCCGCGGGACAUGGGCGCGGCGGGCCUGGCCCGGCGGCUGCGGGGGGCGCUGCGGGAGGAGGAGCCGCGGGCGGUGGAGGAGCUGCUGCAGCGCGGCGCGGACCCCAACUUAGUGCUGGCAGACGGCGCGGCGGCCGUGCACUUGGCGGCGGGAGCCCGCGACCCGCGCGGCCUGCGUUGCCUUGGGGUCCUACUGCGCGGAGGCGGGGACCCCAACGUGCGAUCGGCCGAGGCGCUGACGCCUCUGCACGUGGCGGCCGCCUGGGGCUGUCGCCGCAGCCUGGAGCUCCUGCUGAGCCACGGAGCGGACCCCGCGCUGCGCGACCAGGACGGACUCCGGGCCCUGGACCUGGCGCUGCGGCAGGGACACCGCGACUGCGUGCGCGUCCUGCGGGACUUCCACGCGCGCACCGGGAUCCCCGAGAAUGAGCCUCGCGGCACCUCUGAACGACCUUGCGUGACUGCGGACUCCAGUGCACUCCAGACCCAACUGGGCAGGGACACGGACCUAGAGGUUGACCCCGGAGCCCCCAGCCUCCCUGUACCCCUUGAGGUUGGCGACCAGGACGGAAGUUCAGAGGUCCCCAAUGGGUGCGGGGACUGCAGUUCCGAUGCUUCCUUUGUCACCGCAGUUGAGGUUUCUGGAGCCGACACAGACCUGGACAGAACUUCAGCCUGGGGCAGGCCCUUGCCCCAGACAAGACACGAAUCACUUGGUGACUGUCUUCCUGAGAACAUACCAAGUGCUGUGGGUGGCCUGGCGCUGUGCCAUGGAGCCAGGAUGGCGGACAGGGAUACAGAACUGAAUAUCCGUCUACAGGCUCUGACCCUGACCUCCCCAGACGCUGCUGGCCUCCUGCCUUCCCCCUCAUUUCCAUCCCAUAGCCCCCAGCAGGGACCACCACCCGGAGCCCCUGAAUUCUACAACCUGCCAGAAGAUCAGACGUCUUUCCAUAGUGAUGUGGACGCCCUCUGGCUGACCGAGGACGAGGCAAGCAUCACAGGGAAUGGGGACUCUGUUCUCUCUUGCCAAUAUCUGCCAAACCCCGCCAUGUCGGACCUGGAGCUGCUGCGGGGACUCCGAGCACUGGGCCAGAGUCCUGGCCCCAUCACACCCUUCACUCGGCCGUAUUACCUCCGCCGGCUGGAAGAAGCCCAGACUGCCCCUGGCCCAGACUUUUCAGGACACAGCCCAGAACUGGCCAAGGCCCUGCUGACCGGCCGAAUCCCAGACGCCCAGGCCGAUGAAGACGCUCUGGCCCAGCAGUUUGAGAGGCCGAAUCCCAGGAAGAGGUGGCGGGAAGGGACCGUGAAAUCAAGCUUCACGUAUCUGCUGCUGGACCCCAGGGAGACUCAGGACCUGCCAGCCCGAUCCUUCUCCCUGACCCCAGCCAAGCGCCUUCAGACUUUUGUUCGGGCCAUCUUCUACGUGGGCAAGGGGACACGUGCCCGGCCAAAUGUCCACCUCUGUGAGGCCCUUGGCUACCGUGGGCGGCCAGGAAAACAGGCCUGCCCCAAGGUACGCCAGAUCUUGGACAUCUGGGACAGUGGCCGUGGUGUUGUCUCCCUGCAUUGCUUCCGGCAUGUGGUGGCCGUGGAGGCUUACACGAGGGAGGCGUGUCUCAUGGAUGCCCUAGGGAUCCAGACACUAACCAACCAGAAACAAGGGCACUACUAUGGAGUGGUGGCCAGCUGGUCACCUGCUCGGCGCCAGCGCUUGGGAGUACACCUACUGCAUCGCGCCCUCCUCGUCUUCCUGGCCGAGGGUGAACGAGAGUUGCAGCCUCAGGACAUCCAGGCCCAUGGCUGAGUGCUGGGAACUUGGCUCCCAGUGUGGGUAGAGAUCACUGUGUUUGAAUCCCCAGCUGCCCAGUGCUGAGAACAUCCCAUCUCUGGCUUCAGAAGACGGGGUAUGUGUUCACGUGUGUACACGUGUGUGCCUUCGUGCACACAUGCAGCACCAGGACAG